AUGCAUCCAGACUAUGAUAGUUCAAGUAUAAAGAACAUGCAACAACAAAACUACUUCCACUUAAACCACUAUUACAGCAACUUAAACCCCUCAACCAAUAACAAUCUCAAUCUUAUCUCAUACCCUCAAAUGCAAGAACUCAAUAAUCUACAAUCUCCGGCAAGCCACAACUCUACCACGUCCGAUGAAGCAACUGAAGAUGUAUUCGUCAUCAACGAGAGAAAGCAAAGGCGUAUGGUAUCCAACAGAGAAUCAGCAAGAAGGUCAAGAAUGAGGAAGCAAAGACACUUAGAUGAGCUCUUAUCCCAAGUUGCUUGGCUUCGAAGCGAGAAUCACCAGAUUUUAGACAAGCUUAACAAAGCCUCGGAUAGCAAUGAUCUUGUUCUUCAAGAGAACGUGAUUCUAAAAGAGGAAAACUUGGAACUUCGUCAAGUAAUCACAUCUAUGAAGAAGCUUGGAGGAGCAGAAGGAGGAAGCACAAGUUUCCAUGAAAGAUAUUGUUCUUCUUCCUUGGAUCAUGACUUGGAUCAAGACUUCUCUUGUAUUACAAAUGAUCCAAAGACUCAUCAUCCGUCAUGAGCUGUUGUGAUCGAACUUUAAGUUUCCGAGACUAUAUUUUUCUAGGCUGAGAAUAAAGCUGAGUUCUUAUGUAUUUUUC